AUGGCAAUUACUCAUGAAAAAAAACGAACAGGAAACGCUUACCUGGCCGUUCGGGACUACGGGACGGCCACUAGCUGCUUCGACCUCGCCCUCAAGACUCACCCCGGAUCGGACCAGGAGGACAUCUACCUGUCCAACCGGAACUACGAGGCGGCGGUGGAAGGGUUCCGACGAGCGAGCCGACUCCAGCCUAACAAGAAUGGCCACUACACCUGCCUAGGAAAGGUGUACCUCCGGUGGGGGGGUCACGAGAGCCAGGCGUUGGAGGCGCUAGAGGAGUCGCUCCGGCUGGAGCACACCAAGGUUGCCGAGAAUCUCGCUGUGAAGGCGCAAGUCGCUAUCGAGAGAGCGGAGCAGCGGAGGUCCUCUGGACAGCAGCAGCACGCACCCCCCGAGCCGCACCCGCCUCACCGUAGCCCCGAGCACCUGACGCAGAAGGGCGCAGCACCCGCCCCCGUUCAAGACUUUUCGAAGCCCACCGGCCCUCUCGUCAAGAUGUCCUCCGCGCGCGUCCUGGGGCUGCUGCGAAGCGACAGCGGGAUGGGAGGGGUGGCGAUGAUCUCCAGCGGUGAUUCGAUCGCCGGGGACGAGCCAAAAGGCGGCGGCGACGGAGACGGCGGCGGUGGCGGCGGCGGUGGAAGCAAGCGGAGUGUUGGUAGGGACGGCAAGCCCAGAACAAAGGUCAAGGCUGGCCGUAACAGCAGCAGCGACGUCGGCUCCCUCCGCAAGCUCAUGCAGGGCCGGAUCCACUUCGACGAUGACAGUGACGGGGACAGCGUCAAGGGUUCGCCACCGCCGCCACCGGUAGCGGGCAGGGUGCCCCAGCCGCAGUCCAAGAGGAAGGGGCGUCAUCGCCGGCGCCGUAGCAAUGGCUCGAUCUCGAGCCUGAUGGAGGUAGAGAGCGUCGGGAUCGUGGGCUCUUCGAUACCGACCGGGCCGCCGGCAGCGGCCGCGGCUGCGGGGACCGGGGUAGUGGCGAGGGCGGUGGCGAGGGUCGAGGAAGGGCCGCCGGUGGUUGAUGAUGGGGCCGCUGAAACGAAGAAGGCGAUGGCGGUGGGUACCCCGACGGUGGCCGCGAACGAGAUGCCCGAGGAUGCCGCCAGUGUGCCAAGGAGGAUAGCGAUGCUCAAGGAAGCGAGCGCUAAAGCACAGACGGCCGUUUCCACGGGUGGCCGACCACGGACAUCUCCACCGCCGUAUUGCGAGACCACGUCGUCCUACGCAGCCGCCGCCAAUAGGGAAGAUAGAGGAAGCACGGGGGGGGGCACGCGACAGAAACCUUUGGGAGGAAGGCCCCAUAUGGCCGAAAAAGUGGGGAGUGUCGGCAGCAGCUCCGCCAGCAUGGCCUCCUCCGCUCCUGAGGGGGCGGUGGCGGCAGGCGGUCGACGCGAAAGCGGCAGAGGAUCCGGCUCUGUGCGGUCGGUGAAGCAGAGGCGGGGGGAGAGGCGGCCUCCGAUUCGUUAUCGGCGGAUUCGUUGUCGGAGGAUGGAAACAUGCCGGCGAUGGCCGCCCCAGCGACGACGGUUGGAAAGUGCGCGCCACGAACAGCGCAGUCGCCUCCACCGUGUCCUACCUUCUCCGUUCCCCGCGCCGGCGUCUUUGGCAAGGUUCUGGCGCCGUGGGGACCGGGGGGUGGGCCAGCAAACCGAGCUGCCCCAGGCGACGACGACCUCCCUCCUCCAGCCGUGGUUACGGAGGCGUCCGUCCCACGAGCGGCCGUAUUUGAGAUCCGCGCGGGCGUUUGUGGUCGCCCGGAAGCCCAACCCGUCCUCGUUCCCACCGCGGCGGCGGCGGCGGUGCGAGGAGGCCGCUCACCGUCGGCAUCGCCGUGGCCGACCAAGCGGGCCCUCGGCGUCUCUUGCCGGCGACGGCAGUGAUGGCCUUUAUUCAGAUGAGUCCGAUAGCGGGGGAUCCGCACUUCUGUCCAACCUGGCGGCGCUUGAAGCGGUGGCCAAGGUUGCGAGGGGCAAAGGCCGCCCGGUGGCGGUGGCGGCGGCGGCGGCGGCGGCGGCGGCGGCGGCGGCGGGGAGGCCGGAGCACAACGCGGCGGCUCUGGCAGCCAUCGCUGCGGGGGCGGCACCGGUGAAGUGGGGCAGAGAAGGCGCCGCCGAACGAAGGGCCAAGGCUGCUGCUGAGAGAAGCAGCAGCGCCGGCAGCCCGGCGGCGGACGGCGACGAGCCACCGGACUUGAGCCCGUUGGCAUCGCACCGCCGCAGCGGCGGUAGCAGCACCGCCGGAUUCAGCACGACGAGCGGCAGCAGCAGCGGAAGACAGCAGUGGCACGCUUACGGGAAAGGCGGCGGCAACAGCACGAAGAGUAUCAACGGCGACGACAACAACGCGGCUUUUAACGGCCGGCUGGAAACCGGCAACAUCGAGCAGGGCGAGGAGAGGGAGAGCGGACUCCGGUGGACGACGGAAACAGCGGCAGCGGAAUGCCGAGGUGCCGCAAACGGCGGCGAGAGCACCAUCCCGCCGCCGCCGUCCUACACGGCCGCCCAGGAAGCGGAGUGGCUAGGCGUGCUGCCCCACGCGGGAUGGGCGGAGGUUACCGCCGCCGGUGGCACGGGAGAGGCAGCUCGGCUACGACACAACCGGAGGUCGAGCGAUGGCCUCGUGCCUUUCCACAACGACGGAAGUGGCGCCGACGGGGGGACUCCCCGCUCGUCGUCGUUGAGGACGCUCGGUCAGCGGCGGCGAGAGGGCGGCGGGCGGAGGAUGGAGGUUUUCCUGGACAACGAGGAGGGGGAGUGGGGACAGACGCCGAGGAGCCGGUUCCGGUUGUUCUGGUGGCCCGGCAGGAAUCGGCAUGUUCCAGUAGGAGUCUGCCUCGACUCGCCAAACGUUGCCCGGUCUUCGCGGGGGUCCAAGGACGCAGAGGAGGGAGCGAAACGGUUUGCGUGGGACACGGAAGACGGGGGCGACGCCGACUGCAACGGCGGGGGGUCCGUGGUUGGCUCUGAGCGAAGGAUCGAAGCCCGGUUUUCCUCCUCGACGGAAUCGGCGCUGCUGUGCUCGGAGGUGGUGGGCACGUUCCAUACCCGGAGGAAGAGCAGGCGGCGGAGAGAGGAGCCGCCAUCGGUCGUACCCCGACCACCGGUCAGCAGGUCGUCGAUGCUGCGGGCGUCGGCCGCUUCCAUCAUCUGGGGCCCGUCUCCAAGGGCCGCCACUGCUGCUGCCGCUGCUGCUCGUGGCGGCGGGGGCCGUAACGUCGCCAGAGAAGGGGGCGGAAAGAAGCGCCUUCGGCGCUGGGUGCACGGAAAAAGAUACACAAACGAAGCCGACGGCAUUCCCAGCGAACAAAUGGUGAAGAAGUGGGUACGCGCUGUGCUUGGGCCGCGGGCACUCGGCCUGGUUGAGGAGGAUGGAGACGAUGACGAUGACGGGCCCGUCGGUAGUGGAGGUCGUGGUCUGGGGGAAGAGCUCAAGGACGGGAGGCUGCUCGUCAGGCUGGCCCACGCUGUCGGGGGUGCCAGGGCGGCCGGCUGUGCGGAGGACCUGGAGGCGACAACCCCGAUGCUGCAGCUGGUUAAUGUCCACGCUUUCAUGGCUGCUGCAAGAGCCAUUGGGGUGCCGGCGACCUACCUGUUCCACGCCAAAGAUCUCGUCGACGGGCCCCCCGGCGGCCCCUGCUCGCCGGCCGUCCUCAAGUGCAUCGCCGCGCUCAGCGACGCCGCCCGGAGAAACGCCUCCACAGACCCACCGGGGACCGCCUACGAUGGUCCCCUCCUCGGAGACGAAGAGAGCGACUACCACGCCAAGACGGCGGAGGAGAACGGCUCCGCCGGCGGCCUUACCGCCUCCGCAGGCGGCAGCGGCGGCGGCGGCGGCGGCGGCUCGAUCGCCGGCGGGGGCGGCGGCGGCGGCAGGCGCGUCUUUUGGAGGCUCAGCAGCAAGAGCUCGAACAGCAGCGGGUGGACCGAGAGCGACCUGGACCGCGGCAGGGGCGCCGCCGGGAAGUCCCGGGACGGUUUCACGGAAGAGAUGCCGCCGCCGUCCCCGGGUUCUUCCGCAUUUUCCAUCGGUCGGGCUCGAGAUGCUUGA